AUGGUCUUUAUGUCCGUACAGCAUGAUCUGAGCUGCAGUUCAGUGUUUAGCCUCACGGGGGCGCUGAGCGCAGUGAUUGUACUGGAGCCGACUCCGUACCGUGACUCCCGGGAACAGAAUUCUUCACCGGAGGCGGAGACCCUCUGCUCCUGGCUCCAUCUCAGCGGGACUCUUCCACUCCACACCCAGGGACAUGACCGCGCAGAGCCCGUGACGAGCGAGUACACUGCGUAUGUGUAG